ACCUCCCCGACUUCCUGAGAGCGGCGUUUUCCUCCCGCCGCCCAGAUUGACACAGCCCAGCGUGCAAGGCUGUCGUGUUCUAAAGCACACGUGCCAGUCGUGCAACGAAGUCGUGAAAUGGGCUACGAACGCCGGACAAGAGAAGGCAGCCGAAGGUUUCACAAGUGCAGGGGCACCAAAGAGGCUCCUCGCCAGGGGCACCGUUUGCUCUAGGGCCAGCCCUGGGCAGGGCUGUCAGCCCCAUGGCACAGGUGGGAGCUGACCACAGGGAGGCCACCCACAGCAAACUGACCCAUGGCUCACAGGGCGGGAGGGAGAGCAGGGAGCAGACUGACCCAUUGCAAAGGGGGAACAGGGAGUGGACUGACCCAUGGCUCACAGGAGGGGAGGGGAGGCGGAGCAGACUGACCCAUUGCAAAGGGAGAGCAGGGAGUGGACUGACCCAUGGCUCACAGGAGGGGAGGCAGAGCAGACUGACCCAUUGCAAAGGGGGAGCAGGGAGUGGACUGACCCAUGGCUCACAGGAGGGGAGGCAGAGCAGACUGACCCAUUGCAAAGGGGGAGCAGGGAGUGGACUGACCCACGACUCACAGGAGGGGAGGGGAGGGGAGGCGGAGCAGACUGACCCAUUGCAAAGGGGGAGCAGGGAGUGGACUGACUCAUGGCUCACAGGAGGUGAGGGGAGGCGGAGCAGACUGACCCAUUGCAAAAGGGGAGCAGGGAGUGGACUGACCCAUGGCUCACAGGAGGGGAGGCAGAGCAGACUGACCCAUUGCAAAGGGGGAGCAGGGAGUGGACUGACCCAUGGCUCACAGGAGGGGAGGCAGAGCAGACUGACCCAUUGCAAAGGGGGAGCAGGGAGUGAACUGACCCAUGGCUCACAGGAGGGGAGGCGGAGCAGACUGACCCAUUGCAAAAGGGGAGCAGGGAGUGGACUGACCCAUGGCUCACAGGAGGGGAGGCGGAGCAGACUGACCCAUUGCAAAAGGGGAGCAGGGAGUGGACUGACCCAUGGCUCACAGGAGGGGAGGCAGAGCAGACUGACCCAUUGCAAAGGGGGAGCAGGGAGUGGACUGACCCACGACUCACAGGAGGGGAGGGGAGGGGAGGCGGAGCAGACUGACCCAUUGCAAAGGGGGAGCAGGGAGUGGACUGACUCAUGGCUCACAGGAGGUGAGGGGAGGCGGAGCAGACUGACCCAUUGCAAAAGGGGAGCAGGGAGUGGACUGACCCAUGGCUCACAGGAGGGGAGGCAGAGCAGACGACCCAUGGGGGACCCCAGCGCCAAGUGCAAGCGGCGGCUAAAGCAAUCAGCAGCGUCGCCAGGAGUCAGGGCCUCCUCCGUGCAGAACGAGCAGCUCGAGGCAGAGUCCAGAAGGCUCUCUGGCUGGAACAAAAAGAAGCAGGUGAGUCUGGGGUUACGGCCACCUGCUGUGGGCACUGGGCCUGAUCCAGCAAGGUGCCACGACCUCGGCCGUGUGACUACCGAGGGUGUUGGUGGCACUCAGCCCUCGCCGCACAUGUGCAUUUGGACAGCCGCGUGGAAGGAUUUGCACAGUUCCAGAGGAGCGAGUCUUGUUCCUAUGGCCGAGACCCGCCGGUGA